UCAUAAUGGCUUCCUUGACUUUCAUUGGCACAACUCAUGUCCUCAUGUCAACCCAAUAACAGACUCCAUAAGCAAUCAAAAGCCAAGAAUCAAGACUAGAUACUGAAACUCCUCUUAUACCCUUUUGCAAUGAAGCAAUUCAAGACACCUGACUGAGUUAACACCUGUUCUUAGAGUAGGUGUCUCUGAUGGAUGAGCAACUCUCAGAGAUUCUGGAGGAGCUGUCAAAAGAAGAAUUUAAAAAGUUCAAAUUUUAUCUGAAUGGAGUGGUGCUGGAAGAAUGUAGACCCAUCCCAUGGGGUCAUCUGGAGUGCGAAAGUGUGACAGCUGUUAUCAGGGCGAUGAAGAGUUUCUAUGGUGAGAAGAUGGUGGAGGUCACACUGGAGAUCUUAAAGAAAAUUCCGAGAAAUGACCUCGCUGAGAGACUGGAGAGAAAUCUGGAAAGUGGUAAGAUAGUUCAGGAGAAACUGAAGUCUCGUCUGAAGAAGAAGUUUGAGUGCAUGUAUGAAGGGGUUGCCAAGCCAGGAAAACGCACCCUUAAGAGUAUUUACACAGAGCUCUACAUCACAGAGGGGGACUGUGAACGGGUCAAUAAUGAACAUGAGGUGUGGCAGAUUGAAACAGCAACCAGGACACAGCCUACACAAGACACUGCAAUUAACUGCAACAACAUCUUUAGACCCUUAGCUGGACAAGACAUACCCAUCAGAACUGUGGUGACCAAGGGCAUCGCUGGUAUUGGAAAAACGGUCUCUGUGCAGAAGUUCAUUAUUGACUGGGCAGAAGGAAAAGCUAAUGAGGAUAUUGAGUUCAUGUUUGUCCUUCCUUUUCGGGAGCUGAACUUACUUAAUGAUGAGCAGCACAGUCUCCUUGAGCUUCUGCAGGAGUUUCACCCUGAAAUGAAAGGGUUUGAAAACAUUGAGUCUGAAGAUUACAAGGUUUUGUUCAUUUUUGAUGGUCUGGAUGAAAGUUGUCAAGUCAAUACCUGGAGCCGGAAGAGAUUGUCUGAUGUAAGAAAAAAAUCCUCAGUGGAUGUGCUACUGACCAACCUCAUUAAGGGGAAUCUACUUCCCUCUGCUCUCCUCUGGAUCACCUCCCGACCAGCAGCAGCCAAUCAGAUCCCUCCAGAAUUCAUUGACAGGGUGACAGAGGUCAGAGGGUUCAAUGAUGAACAGAAAGAAGAGUAUUUCAGGAAAAGAUUCACAGAUCAGAAUCAGGCUGGCAGAAUUAUCUCUCACAUAAAGACAUCCAGGAGUCUACACAUCAUGUGCCAUAUACCAGCCUUCUGCUGGAUGUCUGCCUCUGUUCUGGAGCGACUUUUGGAUGGAACGGGCAGGAGUAGAAUCCCCAAAACUCUGACUGGAAUGUACACACACUUCCUGCUCAUUCAGGCCAAAAUCAAGCAUCACAAAUAUCAGGAGAGCCAUGAGACAGACCCACAGAAACUUCUGGAGUCAGUUAAAGAAAUCUUUCUCAAACUGGGGCAGCUGGCUUUUCAAUGCAUGGAAAAGUCCAAUCCAAUAUUUUAUGAAGAGGACCUGAGAGGAUGUGGCAUUGAUGUCAAAGAAGCUUCGGUCUACUCUGGGGUGUGCACAGAGAUCUUGAAAGAGGAGUCAGUGCUGCAUCAGAAGAAAGUCUACUGCUUUGUGCAUCUGAGCCUCCAGGAGUACAUGGCUGCUUUGUAUGUGAUUCAUUCCUUCAUCAGCAAGAACUUCACGGCAUUGAAGCCUUUUUUUGGUCAAAAGACUUUCACCACUCUCAAUGAUUUGCACAAGAAGGCUUUGGAGAGUAAGAAUGGACACCUGGACCUCUUCCUCCGAUUCCUUCUGGGCCUCUCACUGGACUCCAAUCAGCGCCUUCUCCCAGGUCUACUGCCACAGACUGGAAGCAACUCCGAGAGCAUCCAGAAAACAGUUCAGCACAUCAAGGACUUUAAAGAGGAAGAUCCCUCUCCAGAAAGAUGCAUCAAUCUGUUUCAUUGUUUGUCUGAACUCAAUGAUUAUUCAAUUAUGAAGGAAACCAAAGAGUUCUUCCUUUCUGGUCAAAAGUUCUUACCUGCGCACUGCUCCAUCCUGGCCUAUAUACUCCUCAGAUCAGAAAAGGCGUGGGAUACAUUUAACCUGAAACGGUACAACACCUCAGAGGAGGGGCGAAGGCGACUGGUCCCAGCUGUGAAGUGCUGCAAGAAGGCUGUACUUAGGGGCUGUAAUCUCACAGAGAAAUCUCUUCAGCUCGUGGACUCCGCCCUGCAGUCAGUCUCCUCCCCCCUCCGAGUGCUGGACCUCAGCAACAACAACCUGCAAGAUUCAGGAGUGGAGCUGCUCUGUGCUGGACUGAAGAGCACAAACUGUAAACUACAGACUUUGAGGCUCAGGGAGUGUAACCUCACAGAGGGCUGCUGUCAUGUUCUGGCCUCAGUCCUGCGUUCUCCUCACUCAGAGCUGAGAGAUCUGGAGCUCAGAGACAACGAGCUGCAGGACUCAGGAGUGAGAGCGCUCUCUGCUGGACUGGAGGACCCACACUGUAAACUGCGGCGACUUGGGCUGUCAGGCUGUGGAGUCACAGAGAGAGGCUGUGAUUCUCUGGCUUCAGCUCUGCGUUCAAACGCCUCACACCUGAGAGAGCUGGACCUGAGCUACAAUCACCCUGGAGACUCAGGAGUGAGAGCGCUGUCUGCUGCACAACUGGAGGACUCCAGGUGUCGACUGAAGAUACUUGUAGACCAUGGAGGAGAGAUCAGGCUGAAACCAGGACUGAGGAAAUAUGCUGUUGCACUCACACUGGACCCCAGCUCUGUACACAGAAAGCUGUCUCUGUCUGAGGGGAACAGGAGGGUGACAUGGGGGAAUGAGCAGCCAUGUCCUGAUCAUCCAAAGCGAUUUAGCAUGUAUCACCAGGUGCUGUGCCAGGAGGGGCUGUCUGAGCGCUGCUACUGGGAGGCAGAGUGGGAGGUGGAGAAGGGUGGGAAAUGGCCCUGUCUCGCAGUGGCCUAUGAAACGCUUGGCAGGAAAGGACGGGGUGCUGAAAUGCAGUUUGGACACAAUGACAAGUCCUGGAGUCUGUGCUGUUCUAAACAGAAGUACUCUGCCGCUCACAGAAAUAUCUCCACUGACAUACCUACUGCCCCCCCUUCCUGCAGAGUAGGGGUGUACCUGGACUAUCCGGCCGGCACUCUGUCCUUCUACAGCGUCUCCUCUGACACACGUACCCUCCUGCACACUUUCCACAGCACCUUCACCCAGCCCCUCUACCCUGGCUUUAGACUGAGUAAGGGCAACUCGCUGUCCCUGUGCAUGCUGGGAUAGGUUCCUGGGUGUGUGGCUCUCGGUGUAAAAGAAAAUCUUAAUGUGCUAGAAAUUCCAGAAGUCGACCAGCUCAUGCCUCGGCACAGUGAGUGAGUCUGUCUGCAAGAGGGGAGUCAGUUUUAGAUCUGCUGUUAUGUACUGAUCCUGACAGAAUUUGCAGUAUAGAGGUAAUGGAGUGAUCAUUCCAGGAUUGGGAUUUUUUUUUUUUUUUCAUUUUUUUUUUUAACGCAUCCAAGUACAGGAGUUUUAGACGUGUCAACUUCAAAAGUGAUGAAAUUUGAGUAAUGCAGACUGGGUGAAACUUCUGAAUUGCAGAACUGUGAUUGAAAAGUGGGGCAGGUUCAAAAUGGUUGUACUUGAUGUGCAGUGUACACAAUUCAUUCCAGAGGUACGGAAAGGUAAGCUAAGAAAGUGGAGGAAUAAAGCUAUAUGACGGAGUGCAGAGGCAGCGGGCCCUGAUGGCAUAUUCCCAAGGGUUCUCAAGAAAGUGAAAUCAUUUUUAAACCACUGGCUUAAAACUUGACUUUAAAAACUGGAGAAAUACCAGAUGACUCAAGGGGAUUUGAACCCCCAGCCUUUUUAAAUCAGCAAGGGCAAAAAAAAAAAAAAAGAUUCCUCCAGGGGAGGAUUGUCUCCUGCUUAGUCUAAUCAACUGUACAUCACUCUAGAUAAGAGCGUCUGCCAAAUGCCAUUAAUGUAAUGUAAUGUAAAAGUCUUGUUCUUCAGACUCAGCUCUGAGGCAUGAUGGGACAUUAUUGCCCUGCUUCUCCACAUGAACCUGCUUUGCUCGACUGUCUGUGCUGUCCAGCUGGCUAUAGCUCCUACCUUCUCUAAAUUUGUCUGUGGAGAAUUUGAAUUUGGGAAUAGCUCUGGAAGGUAAUCCUGGUUUGUUAAAAGCGAAACAUUUGUUGACCUUAGGAGACUCCUUUUUUCCCUUUUCAAGCGAAUGACUUGCCACUAGAGAAACCACUCUGGAAAUCUUGCACAUUAUCUUACUUGAGAUUGUUUUUCUGCUCUUUACCGUGUUGGGAGCCAGGUAUGGGCAGUGUCCCUGUGGACACUGUGAUCACAUGAUGCUAUGGGCAGUGUCCCUGUGGACACUGUGAUCACAUGAUGCUGUGGGCAGUGUCCCUGUGGACGCUGUGAUCACAUGAUGCUAUGGGCAGUGUCCCUGUGGAUGCUGUGAUCACAUGAUGCUAUGGGCAGUGUCCCUGUGGAUGCUGUGAUCACAUGAUGCUAUGGGCAGUGUCCCUGUGGAUGCUGUGAUCACAUGAUGCUAUGGGCAGUGUCCCUGUGGACGCUGUGAUCACAUGAUGCUGUGGACAGUGUCCCUGUGGACGCUGUGAUCACAUGAUGUGGGUUUACUAUGCUUUAUUUUAAUGGGGACCAAAGAGUUUGCCCUUCUGUAUUUUUCUGCUUUUGUUCAGACUGGUAGAAAGCAGACGGAGAAAGGACCACAUCAGUUUACUGUACUUUUAUGCUUUCAUAAUUACUAAUUACAUUUUAAUUACUGUCCAUUUUGAUUUUGUUUUGUAAAAGCAGCUUGCGAUGGUGUAAUGUUUCUGUACUUGUCCUGUUUCUUGAGUCCCGAGCCAUUUAUUCCUUCCCCCGGUUCUAGCCUCCUUGUUCCUGAGUCCUUGCCCUUGUUUGUCUGGAUUUCCAGUUUUGACCCCUGCCUGCUUCCCUGGACUAUUCUUUUGUUGUUUUGGAUAUCUGUACCUCUGCCUUGUUGGACUGACCGCCUGGUUUUUGACUCUGGCCUGUUUUUUGACUCCACUCUGUCUGCCCCUGCUUUUGAAAUUAAACCUGCCAUUUUUUCUGCA